UCAUGGAUAAACAUCAUUUAAAAUUUAUUUUUAUCAAAAUAUUCCUUAUUCUAAUAUUAUCAAAUUCCAUCUUCUGUCCAUUACCUCCAUCACGUCCUCUAGUAAGGACCGUUAUUCAAAUAAAGAUAAACCUUCCAGAAUUGCCUUUCAAUUCUGAAAUGAAUUUAAAAACAAGUAGAAACUUCAAAGAGGCAGCAUGGGAUAUAAAUGAAGCUUUUGAACAGUUCUGGCAAACGGAGCCCUCCUUUAGGGAGUCGAACGUCUCCAGGCUUCAACACGACCAAGUCCUUGGGACUCUAGCAACGAUUUAUUUAAAUUUUGAUUUGCCGUUGGAUUCCUCGACUGCGGUUCUUCACCGUUUGAAAUGGGAGUUGUUUAGGGCUCUGAAGGAUGGAAGAAUUGGAAGGCUCCACGCCUCAGGGGAUGGAUUUGAAUUUACGCCUGUUGAAGGACCCUUCUCGAGCCCCACCCUUGCCUGUCUGGACGGUUCCCUGCCAGAUUUCAGCAUCCAUGGCUCUACUUAUUGUUGGUCUCACUCUGUUUGUCCUUCUAGAACGUCCUGUGAACAUGGACAAUGCUGCAGAAAUGCCGAAUCAUCUCCCCGUCGAAAUUGCGACCCGAUCAAAGAAUGGGAAUGUGCAGAUGGUUUGUGUAUUCCAAUAUCUGCUAGGUGUGAUGGAAAAGAAGAUUGUGUUUUGGAUGUGGAGGAAAGAGCUUUUGCUUUAGGAAUGUUGCUACAUAGGCCAAGAAAUGAGAAACACUCAGUUCAAUCCUUCUCUGCUUCAAAACCUUCAGAAAUAAAGCUCCAACAAAAACGACAAUCUUGCGAUUCAAACUCAUUCAUGUGCCGCAAAACUAAGGCUUGCAUAGAUAACAAACUUGUUUGUGAUCAUAAAUAUGAUUGUACGGAUGGGUCAGACGAGUUAACUUGUGAUUAUUUUAUAAACUCACAAAUGCGAGAAAAAGCUAGGCUACUUAAAAUAGAAGAAGAAGAAAAAUUAAAAAAAGAAAAUGAAGGGAAGUGUGGGCCUGAAGAAGUCCGGUGCCCUGAGACAGCUCCGAAUCGUUGUAUUCAUUACAACUCAAUAUGUGAUAAUAAGGAUGACUGUGGGGAUGGGUUUGAUGAAAGCAAUUGUAGAAAUGGUGGUGGUGAAAGCAGGGAUGAAGAGAAAGUAAUUACAAUACGUCCGGAAAAUGUGAUAAAUGGCUAUUGUGCUCCAGGUGAAUUCCACUGUCGUGAAGGUGGUUGUAUCCCAGCUUCUAGUCAUUGUGACCAAAAAUAUGACUGUGAAGAUGGGUCGGAUGAAAUGGAAUGUAGUUAUUUUCGAGAAGCUGAGGAGAGACGAAGAAAAGAAGAAGAAGAGCGAAGACGAAGGAAAGAACAAGAAGACGAGCAAAAACGAAGGCAGGAACAAGAAGAUGAGCGGAAACGAUUAGAAGAACAUCAAGCACAAAUACAGCGUCAGAGGGCAGAGCAAGAGAAAAAUCGUAGAAUUGAAGAUUGUAGGCGUAGAGGAGGAUUUUUAUGCCCAGACACGGAUAGAUGUAUUGAAAGGGCAUAUAUAUGUAAUGGACGUUCUGACUGUCCUAAUGGUGAUGAUGAGAAAAACUGUCCUGUAUCGGAAGAAGUACCGGGUGAGUUUUUAUUUGUUAUUUACUAG